AUGGUAUUACGUACAUUGAGUAUUGUUGAUUAUGUUAUUCUUAUAUCAUUACUUCUAUCAUCAGCCGUCAUUGGUGCUCUAUUUGGAUUUGUUAAAUCAAAGAAAAGUUCAGCAAAAGAAUUUCUUUUAGCUGAUGGUGGGAUGGGAGUAAUUCCAACAGCAUUGAGUAUUAUGGUAUCAUUUCUUUCAGCUAUUACAUUAUUAGGAACACCGAGUGAAGUCUACGUAUAUGGAACUAUGUAUUGUUAUCAAGGUAUUUCAUGGACAAUUGCUUCAACUGUAACAGCAUUGGUUUUUAUGCCUAAAUUUCGUGAAAUAAAUUGUACAAGUGCUUAUGAAUAUUUAGAAAAACGUUUUGAUCGAAAAGUACGCAUGUGUGCUUCAUUUGCAUUUUCAUUCUUUAUGUUAAUCUAUAUGGCAAUUGUUUUAUAUGCUCCUGCAUUAGCAUUAAGUCAAACUACUGGUCUAAAUAUUUGGUUAUCUGUUGUUUCAAUUGGUGUUAUUUGUACAUUUUAUUCAUCAGUAGGUGGUAUGAAAGCUGUUAUUUGGACAGAUGUUUUACAAGCAUUAGUUAUACUUGUUGGUCUUCUUGCUACUAUUAUUCAAGGUUUUAUAUCAAAUGGUGGUGUAAAACAAACAUUCUCAAAAGCAUCAAGAGGCGGAAGAAUUGAAUUCGACAGUGUAAGUUUUGAUCCACGUGUUCGUCAUACAAUAUGGUCUUUACUCAUCGGUGGUACAUUUAAUUCAUUAUCUACUUAUGGUUUUAAUCAAACACAAGUUCAACGUUAUAUGUGUGUUCGUUCAACACGUGGUGCUAAACAAGCAUUAUUUAUCAAUGCAGCUGGUGCUGCAAUUGUUAUAGUUUUUUCAUGUAUUAUUGGAGUUAUUCUUUAUGCAUAUUAUGCUGAUUGUGAUCCAUAUACAGCAAGAUAUGUUACGGAUAUUGAUCAAAUAUUUCCAUAUUUUGUUAUGGAUGUAUUAAGUGAUAAAAAAGGUUUACCAGGAAUAUUUCUUGCUUGUAUUUUUUCUGGUUCAUUAUCGACAAUAUCAUCAGGAUUAAAUAGUCUGGCAGCUGUUGUUAUUGAAGAUGUUUAUAAAGGUUUAUUAGGAAAAACUUUAAGUGAUGAACGUCAAGGUUUAGCAUCAAAAAUCUUUUCAAUUGUAUUAGGAGCUGUAGUUAUGUUAUUAACAUAUCUUGUUAGUUAUCUUGGAUCAAUAUUGAAUGCUGCAUUAUCAUUAUUUGGAGUUUUAUCAGGUCCAAUAAUGGGUGCUUUUUUUCUUGGAUUUUUUGUUCCUCAAGCAAACAAACAUGGUGGUUUUUAUGGUUUUUUAGCAAGUCUUUUUCUACAAAUUUGGCUGUUUUUGGGUGCACAAAUAACAAGAAAACAAAUGAAAAGUGAACGUUUACCAUUAUCAGUUGCUAAUUGUCCUAUUCCAAUUAAUAUUACAAAUAUAAUAACAGCUCCAGUAAAGCGUAACCCAUUGAUUGAUUUUUAUUCAGUUAGUUAUAUGUGGUAUACACCAAUAGCUGUAGGUACUGUUUUAGUUGUUGGAAUUAUUGUAUCAUAUUUAACUCAUCCACUUAAACCAAAUGAAGUCGAUCCGAAAUUAUUAAUACCUAUUAGUGAUGUAUUUUGCUGUUGUUUACCUAAACGUAUACGUGAUUGGCUUCGAUGUGGUGUAGACGAAGUUGUUGAUUCAGAUAAAAAAGUUGAUAAUGAGAUUGAACUAGCAGCACCAGAAGGUUACGGUACACUCCAUACUACUGCAAGUGCACAAACUCUUGCCACAAACGCAACACCUAUAGAUUCGUCGGAUGUUGUAAUAACAAGAACAAUAGAUGGUGCUUAUGAUAAUCCAGUAAUAACAAUAAAAGACUAA